UCAGUCACCAUUAGUAUCCGCUACUGCUACAACAACCAGUGUAUUAACAACAUCCCAGAGAGCUACAGCAGCGAACACUUCACCAACAACAGUCUUAGAAUCAACUACCACAAAGACAACACCAACAUCUUCUCCUGCGUCUCAAGUAGAAACAAUCGAAAGCACAACAUUAACACAACAGGCAUCCUCGACAACAUUGGAUAGCACAGUUUUAACGCAGGAACUGUCUUCAACGGCGAUCGAAACCACAACUUCAAUGCAACAGCCACCUUCAACAACACAAGAUAGUACAUCUUCCACUCAGCAUUUAUCAACUGUAGAAACAAUCGAGAGCACAAAAUUAACGCAACAAGCACCUUCGACGACAUUGAAUAGCACAGUUCUAACGCAAGAACUUUCUUCAACGACUAUCGAAACCACAACUUCAAUGCAACAGCCACCUUCAACAACACAAGAUAGUACAUCUUCCACUCAGCAUUUAUCAACUGUAGAAACAAUCGAGAGCACAUCAUUAACGCAACAAGCACCUUCGACGACAUUGAAUAGCACAGUUCUAACGCAAGAACUUUCUUCAACGACUAUCGAAACCACAACUUCAAUGCAACAGCCACCUUCAACAACACAAGAUAGUACAUCUCCCACUCAGCAUUUAUCAACUGUAGAAACAAUCGAGAGCACAUCAUUAACGCAACAAGCAUCUUCGAAGACACUGGAUAGCACAGUUCUAACGCAAGAACUGUCUUCAACGACAAUCGAAACCACACCUUCAAUGCAACAGCCACCUUCAACAACACAAGAUAGUACAUCUUCCACUCAGCAUUUAUCAACUGUAGACUCUCCAACAACUUCAACGCAACAAGUAUCUUUAUCAACAACAGAGGAUAUAACUUCAUCUCAACCGCAUUCAUCAACCUUAGUAAUAGAAAGCACAACUACACCUAAACAAUCGACAACAACUGUAGUAACUACCACGGAUCUCAGUUACUUAGACAGACUGGGGUUUACUCCAACUACGUUUGCUGCAAUGACAACAGGGGUGUCUUUCCUCAUUUUAGUUACAAUAGGCAUAUGUGUUUUACUUGUGUAUAUUAUACAUAGAAAAAACAAAUUAAAACGUGAACCUCAAAAGAAAUAUAAAAGGGAUGAGACUUGCAACAAGAAUGAUAAGAGAAAUGUAUACAAUUCAAGAAGUUAUGCUAUAGCAUUCAAUGCAAAAAAUCGCAAGCCUUUAUUUUAUUAUUACUGGUGAUACAAAAUGAAUAUAGGACGCAAUAGUCCGACCCCGAUGGUUUGGCACGCCAAAGUCCGA